AGCCCCCUGAAAAGUUCCCAGAGGCAGAAGAAAAGAGUAGAAAGAAGUCAGAGAGAGAGAAGUGUGGCGGUCAGCAGCUCCGCUCAUGCUCGUGCAGGAGUGAAAAGCAGACAUGCAUUCAGCAGGCAGGUCGUGGCUGCUGCUCACAGGCUUCGUCCUCUUCUAUGUGAUCUACCUGCUGUUCGGAGCUCUGGUUUUCUCCAUUAUCGAGCGGCCCGUGGAGGACAAGCUGAGACAUGACAUGGACGUCCUGAAGCAGGAGUUUCUGAACCAGAGCUGCGUCAACGCCGCGUCCCUCGAGCGCUUUCUGGUCAAAGUGCUGACGGCCAACAAGUACGGCGUCUCCGUGCUCAGGUCCAACUCCUCCGUCAACUCAAACUGGGACCUGGCUUCCUCCAUGUUCUUCGCCAACACUCUGGUCACCACUGUCGGUUACGGUCACAACACUCCUCUGUCCGACACUGGAAAAGCAUUCUCCAUCGUCUAUGCCCUGAUAGGAGUCCCUUUCACCAUGCUGGUGCUGACGGCGUGUGUUCAGAGGCUCAUGUACCCACUGGUCUUUGCUCCUGUCAGCCUCCUGCAGCGUUCAGGCAUGGAGCCUCGGCCCGCCACCGUUCUUCACUUCCUGUUGCUGCUGGUUUUGGUGGUGGUGUUCUUCUUUGUGGCGCCGGCGGCUGUGUUCAGCGCGGUGGAGAUGACCUGGUCGUUCUUGGAUGGCAUUUACUUCUGUUUCAUCUCGCUCUGCACCAUCGGACUGGGGGACUUUGUUCCAGGGACGCAUCCUGCACAGAAGUACCGACCACUGUACCAGGUCUCUGUCAUGGUCUACCUGUUCGUGGGUCUGAUGAUGAUGUACCUCCUGCUGCGCACCUUCCACAAGAUGGCCGACCUGCAUGGUCUCACCACCUUCUUCCAGCUGCCGCGCUGUGAGGAGUCAGACCCGGAUGAAGAAAGAGAGCCUAUUGUUGAGAACGGACACAGAAGUCCUUCACCAACUCGCACUACGAAAGAUGCCAACAAACCCCUGGAGCCGGGAUCACAGCCAUCAUACAACACCAUCAACAAAGGCUGAGCAGAGGGGAUGCAGAGAAGAAGAAGCAGCUCUACCUCUGUCCACCUACUGGGCUUGAACUGGUGAUAAACCAUCCUGACUGGUGGCCUGAAUCUGAACUCUCAUCUUAAUUGAUUCUUUCGAGUUUUUUCUUUGUAGGAAACGUCCAGAGGGAAGAGAGAGGAAUUGAUAUGAGUGUUCAGAUUCAGCCUUUGUAAGGGGAUAAAACAUCUGCACAUGAAAGGACCAUUUUAACUUGACUACGGUGACCUGCCUGGGAAAAAAGGCACUGACAUUGCUUUUUUUCCUUUGCACUGGUGUAACUGUCCACAGCUUCGGUGCAUCUAUCUGUAGACAUCAUCCUGUGUCACUGUGUUCCUCGUUUUCAUUUUUGUGCCGAGUUGGGUUCAGGACAAACAUUGCAUUUAAUUGAUCUGAUGCUAAAUUUACCAUCCAAAAGGCUUACAGUUGCACUUGUAAUGCCAAAUUUACCAAAGCCUUUAACCAGCAGAUAAAUGAUCCGACCGUCCAGUCAGAUUUGUAGCCAGGUUUGGCCUUUACUCACUUCUGCAUAAAUCAUAUGCCAAGCUUGGUGAAGAGCAACUGUGUUUAAACUUUUUCUCAUUUUCACAAAGAAGAGUAAAAAGGUAGACCCCAGCUGAGAGUUUCAGAAAAACCAGACUUUCAGUUAAUCAGAUUUCCUGUGUUGAAGCAGAGCCAUGUCUGUGUCUGGGUCAGUCUCAGUGAAUGUUAGACCUCCAGAAGAGCUCGGUUAGCCCCAGGACAGACGCUGUUCACCUUUAUGAUGCCUCCCCCUGGUGUCUACGUGAAGAAUAGCAACAUAUUAUUUCUGCUCUGAAAGAGUCAUAGAAACGGUUUUCAGGUUUAAGGUUGGAAAAGAAGAACUGAAGAAAAGAUGUCAACAGUUUAGGAUUAUGAAGAAUAAAGGAGCUUUUUGGUGAUUGAGGGCCUGAUUCAUUUCAAUGGAAAUCCACCUAAUGAACAGAUGAAAUGCACUUUAAUGUCAAGGUUUUGCAUAUAAGGGUUGUAGUCAAAUGAAGAGGUGUGUAACCUGAUGCUGUAAAGUUUGUUUGUUUGUUUGUAGUAGUUUAUAGUGGUAUGUUUGACAUUUAUUCAUAUAUGACGAUUAUUCAUUAAAAAGAUUUGCUUUGUUA